CCUGCGCAGCCAUCUUGUACCUCUACCGAACAACGGGCACAGAAAGGAAGAAAAAGGACGAAAAUAAACCCUUAUAACUUGAGCAAACUGGGAUAUGUCUGGUAGAUUUAACGUUAUAUGAAAUUAUAAAAGUAUAAACACAGUGGAAGGACCAGGGGGCGGUAACGGAGACGGUUAAAUACCCAUCUAAGUGCCUCGGAUACCCGGACCUACAAGUCAUCUUUUUUGCUGGAGUAGGAGGAAGGAAGAGUCGGGUUGCCGACAGAAAAACACGACGAGUCAAACCAUGAAUCCCGAAUAUGACUAUCUGUUCAAGCUCCUGCUCAUUGGUGACUCAGGUGUUGGAAAGUCCUGUCUUCUGCUACGCUUUGCUGAUGACACCUACACGGAGAGCUACAUCAGCACCAUUGGAGUGGACUUCAAGAUCCGCACCAUUGAGCUGGAUGGCAAGACCAUCAAACUGCAGAUUUGGGACACUGCAGGUCAGGAACGGUUCCGCACCAUCACCUCUAGUUACUACCGUGGAGCCCAUGGCAUCAUUGUUGUAUAUGAUGUGACCGACCAGGAGUCCUAUAACAACGUCAAGCAGUGGCUUCAGGAAAUCGACCGCUACGCCAGUGAAAAUGUCAACAAGCUUCUGGUGGGCAACAAGUGUGACCUGACCACCAAGAAAGUAGUGGACUAUACAACAGCUAAGGAGUUUGCUGACUCCCUGGCUAUCCCCUUCUUGGAGACGAGCGCCAAGAAUGCCACCAACGUGGAGCAGGCCUUCAUGACCAUGGCUGCCGAGAUCAAGAAGCGCAUGGGACCCGGGGCCACAGCUGGCGGUGACAAGCCCAACUUGAAAAUUGAGAGCACCCCUGUCAGGCAGUCCGGUGGGGGCUGCUGUUAAAGGACCCUGCCGACCCCUCCCCCCGCCCCACCACCACCACCACCGACCACCAAAACCUCCCUCCCUCUUCCUCUGUCACCUCCCAGCACCCCCCCUCCACUACCAUCACCAGUCUGGGCUCCUCAUCUUGGCCUAAACCUACCACUCCUCCAUAACAUCUUGUUACCUGCAGACUAGCUCCCUGCCCCCCUCUGUCAGGCCACCAACAACCAGUGGGAUAGAGAUAUAGGGAUGACUAGGCAAACAGAGGAGGUGAGACAGAAAAAGUAGAUGAUAGGAAGAGGGGGAAAAGAUCAAAGAACAGAAUGAAACUUGGAGACAGUUAAUUGAGGACUGUAUCUCCACCAAAUGACAGAGAAGAAGGAAAUAGGCUUGAGAGGGAGGGAGAGAAAUAGUGGCAGAGGCAACUUUCUCAUUUUUGCCAAGAGGACAGAAAGUAAACACAUAUAGGGGAAAGAUUGGUAUUGAUUUAGAGUGGAAUGGGGGCGAUGGAAGAUUAGGUUUAGAUUCCAGCUAGCUUAUCUCUACAUAAACACACACACACACACACACACACACACACACACACACACACACACACACACACACACACACAGACAGUAUAGUAGGUGAAAGUAGGGUGGCAGGGGUUAAAGUGAUUUGAGCCUUUUGGCCAGACAUUUAACGGCCGAGCGGUGUUUCGGUGUUUCCAUUUUCCCCUCCGGCUCUGUCUGUCUUUGCUGAUCUCAUCAUCCAGGCUCCCACCUCAGCCCAAACUUCUUGAUCCCUGGAAUAAUCUGCGUGACUACACACACACACACAAACACAAACACACACACACACACACACACACACACACACACACACACACACACACACACACACAUGCACACAGCAAGUUCAACGUGCCUGAGUCACCCACUGUUGAUGCUCAAUAUGCAGUAAUGAAAGCUGCAUUCAUUAUUAGGAGGCUGAAUGGCAUUAGUGAUGUUAACAGUGACUCAUCAUUGUCAUUUACUUAUGAAGAUCCAGGGGAAGCCUAUUCAGUGAGCCUCUCUCCCUCCUUCCUCUUCCUCAGCUUAAAGCCUCACUAGUCUGAAUGAAGUGGAAUCGCAUAUACAGGAGGGAGAGACACAGUCCAGCUCAUUUACUUCACAUCUAGAGUAGGGCUGAACAAUGUAGUAAUCAUAUUGUGAUUAAAUUUGCAGAUACUGUGAUAUGAUUCACGAAUUUAGUAAGGAUGAUAACUUGUCUGUACAAAAAAACAUGUUAUCUUACAACUGGAAAAUAUGAUAUGUAGGAUAGGGAUCUCUGUAGCAACAUAAGACUUUUUUUUUUGUUUGUUUUGUCACUCAUUUCACAUCCAAAAAUUGCAGCUUUUGCAAUUAGGAUAUUGCACUUGGCCAUAUUGUGAUUCUGAUAAAUAUUUUGAUUAAUUGUUCAGCCCUAAUCUAGAGGUAGACAUCUAGUUGGAGCCGAGGUAGAGGCAGUAGUUGUGAGCGCUGUAAUAUAUGGUGUUGGCUAGUCUUCAUUACCCCUCAAAAGAAGGAAACAUGUAAAAGGAAAGAAGAGAAUAUAACUUGAUAGAAAACUCAGUGUUGUGCAUUUUGGUGAUCCUUAAAUGACACUAGAUAUUGCGGUAUGCGUCGGCAUUGCACACAUACAGAUAACAAGGCAUGACAAACUAGGUAGGGGGGCAAUGACACAUUCAAUUUGACUUAUGUGGACAACCAAGAGAAGCAAUUAGCAAUAUUCUGCGUCCAUCAAAGUAGAUUCUUACAGUUACUCUUUUAUUAUUAUUAAGGUUUUAUUAUUUUAUUUUAUUUUUUUCUCAUUGAUUUUUUUGUUUGUUUUCCUUUUGUUUUUCUAAUGGAGAAAGCUUGUACAAUUUGCUUAAUGCUCAUGUUCAGUAUACAUGGCAUGGUGGGUUUUAGGAUGUAGUCUGAUAUUUGCUUUGUGCUUGUUUGCGAGAUGAAGCUGGGGUAGAGCUGCGGUGUGGGAGUGUGAGGAGGGCGGGUCUUACAAAACAUGCUGUUCCUUCCCUGAGAUUGACUUGGUCAUUAGUUGAAGGACCAUAGCAGUGAUUUUGCUUGUUACGCAUAAUCUCUACAAAAUGUCGCUCUGCUGGAAAAUAGUCUCCGCGGAAACUGCUUUAUACAGCCAAUUAUCAUUUCUGUGCUUUAAAAAUAGUGACAACUAUGUUAGCUACAGAAGCAGAUCAUUAUAAGGUGGGUGUUGCAACCAAAAAUUCACAUUUAAAAAUCAAGGGAUUUUGGGUAUAUGUUGUGAAAUCUUUAGUACCCCCAUAUGAUUUGCAAAAUGGUUUGUUGCAAUGUAAAUGUGGGGAAAUUGUGGUAAAUGAGCCAAAAAAAUCACAAUCACCGGUAUGGUCCUUUAAGCAUAGUUUGUCACAUCUCACAGUUGGUGGUUCACAUUAGCCUGUCGACAGUUCCUUUACGUCCCUAAGCGUUUGUGUUUCCUAAGCAGUUGUUUUGGUGGAGCUAGCCUUAACGUCCUAGAGGCUUAAAGUGAAUUUUAAUGUCAGCAGUAGAACAUUUCUCACACCUGCCAGCGACUUGUGUAAUAACAUCAACAGCAGAGAAAGUGGUUUGAGGUCUUUUCAUUGCUUGGAGCUCUCGGACUUGUUCUUUGGGUCUCACAGCAGUGUGUUAUUUCUCACUUGGCGUUUCCUUGGAUCCUGGUAGGAAUUUGGGGGAAAGAGCAACCUCUGACCUCCUGUCAUCAACCUGAGCCGCAGCUUUUUACCCCAUUUUAAUAAACUGUAAAGAACUGGAAACUAAUACAGACAUUUGCUGUAGUAGCUAGUUUACUUUUUUACAUACUGUCAGACAAGUAGCAUCAUGACCUUCAGAGAACUAGUUUGAAUGGAUGCCAAGUUCUGUUUUGCUGCCCCUCCUUAAGAGGCAAGAAUGUCCACUAUCAGUCCUUUCUCUUGGCAGCCUGUGGUCUAGUUACGGAUGUUAACUUAGUUCUGAACACAGCUAUACGCCUUACACUGCAGGGAAACGUCCAUGCUGAACGGUAGCUGCUGUGUGCACAUUCUGGUCCAGGUUAUAGUCUGUUUCAUCGGGUUGCACCCUGUCUUGGAGCGCCUGGAGGUCAAGGGACUGACUGGUCUUGGUUAGUAGACCGGAUAUGAACUCCCGACUCUCACCUCCGGCUCAACCGCGUCGCCGCAACCCAGUGAAUCCCUCAAGAUUCUCCUUGACCGGCGCCUCUGCUUCGAUAAGGGAAUCUCGUCUAGGUUUUGGUUGCAUUCCUGAUUCUGUUUGGCUCUCUCUGCAGCAACCCUCUCAGCAUUUCAGGUACAACGCCUGUGGCAAGGUGUUGCAAAAAGUGCAAUUCCAGCUUCUUCAAAGUGAGACUUGAAGUGAAUACAGAGGAGCACAUGCCAUCUUCAAAACACUAGCCUGAGGUCUCAUCGCUCUUUGAAUGACGUGUGGUCAGACAGCCGCAUCUACUUAAGUGUGAGCUAAGGAGUCAUUUUUCAGUAUAGAUGUGUCAGUGUAAAGAUAGCGGACGAUGCAUUAGAAUCGUGUGGUUUGGUUUACACAGGUGUAGUUUUAGCUUUUUUCCCCCCGACCCUGUGAUACAAAACUGGAAGGCUGUAGUUCGCUGCGCAGGAUUGGAAUCCGGUCGGCCUGAGUUGUCAGCUGACACUGAGGGGAAGGGAGGGAACAGCAGUAUGUGUACGUAUGUGUGUGUGUUUAUGUGUGUGAGGAGCAGGGUGGGGUUGCGUGUAACAUUCCUUAGCUUUUUGGACACAUACCGGCUUCCCGGCAUUACACCAAUCUCACUUGAGUAGAUGCAAAAAAGAAAAAAGAAAAAGAAAAAAGGCAAUCAUUUGAAACUACACAUACACACACAUGCAUGCAAGUCUCACACACACAAACACACACAUACAUAACAGACAUUUUGCACCAUAAUGAGUGAGUCCCUUUUUUUUGAUUUCCUCUUGAAUGUUCUUUCUUUCAAGGAGUCUUGAUAUUCUACUGAUUUUAAUAUAUUCAUUGAAUACUAUACUGUGGUAAUAUUGUGUCCGGUCCAUCGAAGGAUAAGGGGACGCUGGGUAUGAACUCCUAGGGGUGGGGCAUCCAAUGUGGGGGUGGGGUCAACAGGAUUUAGGGUGGGGUUUGCUUAUGAAUGUGAUUCUGAUGGAACGUCACUCGACUUUUUCUUCUUUUGUCCCCCCCCUUUUUUUGUAUUCAUUUGGGAAAAGGGGGUAUUUUCCAUGUCAUUUGCACACAUCUUCAUUGCUGUCCAAUGGCUUAAUAAAAGCACUCACUAGGUGGUGUUUGUUAAUAGCAAAGCACCGGGCAGGACCUCGCCUGUCAGUCACUUUCUGUCUUUUCUGUUUCGCUUGUUCACUUUGGUGCUCUGUCUCACUGCUGAGUUUGAUCAUGUUUUUUUCUGUACAUAUUAUAAAUAUAUAUAUAAUAAAAUGAUGAAAAAGAUCAAUGUUAA